CCGCCCUCCCGGGCCCCGCCCCUCGCGGCGGCGACCGUUGGCGCUUUCGGCCCGGCGCCCGAGCGGGAGCGAGCGGCGCGGCCCGGGCCUUGUUUCAAGAGGAACUGUGGUAGCCUCGAGCACCCCUGAAGCAUGGAUCCCCUGGCUUAGCGACAUGCUGUCUAUCUUGGGAGCGCCUCAGGAUGUACAGGGCUGGCGAGCCAGGGAGGUGCGUGCGGAGUGUGGAAGUCGCCCGCGGCAGAGCUGGCUACGGGUUUACCCUCUCUGGACAGGCACCUUGCGUGCUCAGCUGCGUCAUGAGGGGCAGCCCCGCUGACUUCGUUGGCCUCCGAGCCGGAGACCAGAUAUUUGCUGUCAAUGAGAUCAACGUGAGAAAAGCCUCUCAUGAGGACGUGGUGAAGUUGAUCGGGAAGUGCUCUGGUGUCCUGCGCAUGGUGGUUGGAGAGGGUGUCGGCCACCUGGAGUCCUGCUCCAGUGAUGAGGAAGGUGGACUUUAUGAGGGAAAAGGCUGGCUAAAGCCCAAACUCGACUCGAAGGCAUUGGGUAUAAACAGGGCAGAGAGAGUCGUGGAGGAAAUGCAGUCGGGUGGGAUUCUCAAUAUGAUUUUUGAAAACCCAGGUCUUUGUGUGAGUGGUUCAGAGCCCUUAAAGCUGAAGCAGAGAUCCCUGUCGGAGUCUGCUGCCCCACGAUUUGACCUGGGCCUGGAGGGGCUGAGUGCGCCACAUCCUGGAGUGCUUUCCAAGGAGGAAGUGUCAAAGGUCAUCAACGAGGAUUCAGUUUUCAGCGUGGGGCUAGAGAGUCACGAUGACUUUGGACUGGAUGCGAGUAUUCUGAACGUUGCCAUGGUGGUGGGCUACCUGGGCUCCAUCGAGCUCCCUUCCACGAGCUCCAACCUGGAGUGCGACAGCUUGCAGGCCAUCCGCGGCUGCAUGCGGCGCCUGCGGGCAGAACAGAAGAUCCACUCGCUGGUGACAAUGAAGAUCAUGCAUGACUGUGUGCAGCUGUGCGCGGACAAGGCUGGUGUGGUGGCCGAGUACCCGGCUGAGAAGCUGGCGUUCAGUGCUGUGUGCCCAGACGACAGGCGGUUCUUUGGGCUGGUGACCAUGCAGACCAGUGAUGAUGGGAGCCUGGUGCAGGAGGAGGAGGGCACCCUGCGCACGUCCUGCCACGUGUUCAUGGUGGACCCAGACUUGUUUCAUCACAAGAUCCACCAAGGCAUCGCGCGGCGUUUUGGGUUUGCCUGCACAGCCGACCCUGACACCAGCGGCUGUUUGGAGUUCCCAGCAUCCUCACUUCCUGUGCUUCAGUUCAUCUCUGUCCUGUACCGAGACAUGGGUGAGCUGAUCGAGGGUGUGCGGGCCCGCGCUUUCCUGGACGGGGAUGCCGAUGCCCACCAGAAUAAUAGCACCAGCAGCAACAGUGACAGCGGCAUUGGGAAUUUCAACCAGGAAGAGAAGAGUAACCGGGUGCUGGUGGUUGACUUGGGUGCCAGCUCCAGCAGGCAUGGCCUGGGUAGCGGCCCUGGGUGGGAGGGUGUGGGCGGGAGGGGCUCCCAGCCCUGGGGUGUGCCCUGGAAUGGGGCCUUCUGUCGGGACCCUGAGGCAGUCUCCCCACUUGAGGCUGGCUCCCAGAUGGACAGGUUCUUGGACUUAAACAAGCAUCUAGGCCCACCCUCUCACAUGGAGGUGCCCCCGGCCUCCUUGCGGAGUUCCGUCCCUCCUUCCAAAAGGGGUGCUGUGGGUGCUGGCUGUGGUCUGAGCCAGCGGUGGCUCCCGGUCCACGUGCUCCAGGAGUGGCAGUGUGGGCAUGCCAGCGACCAGGAAUCGUACACGGAUUCCACCGACGGCUGGUCCAGCGUCAACUGCGGCACGCUGCCCCCUCCCAUGAGCAAGAUCCCCGCAGACCGCUACCGGGUAGAAGGCAGCUUCACGCAGGCCCCAUUGAGCUCCCAGAAGAGGGACUGGGCCAGGAAAGCUUUUGGGAUGCAAAACAUUUUUGGGCCCCAUCGAAAUGUUAGAAAGAGCAAAGACGACAAGAAGGGCUCCAAGUUCGGACGAGGAGCUGGGUUUGCCCAGACUUCUCAACGCGCCUCAUCACGGAGGUCAUUCGGAAGAUCCAAGAGGGUCAGCAUCACGCGUUCCCUCGAUGACCUAGAGUCUGCAACUGUGUCUGAUGGUGAGUUGACGGGCGCCGACCUGAAGGACUGUGUCAGCAACAACAGCCUCAGCAGCAAUGCCAGUCUCCCCAGUGUGCAGAGCUGCCGGCGCCUGCGGGAGAGGAGGGUCGCCAGCUGGGCCGUGUCAUUUGAGCGUCUGCUGCAGGACCCCGUCGGUGUUCGCUACUUCUCCGAUUUCCUAAGGAAGGAAUUCAGCGAAGAAAACAUUUUGUUCUGGCAGGCCUGUGAAUACUUCAAUCAUGUUCCUGCACAUGACAAGAAAGAGCUUUCCCACAGGGCCCGGGAGAUUUUCAGUAAGUUCCUGUGCAGCAAAGCCACCACCCCCGUCAACAUCGACAGCCAGGCCCAGCUAGCUGACGACAUUCUCAACGCACCUCACCCAGACAUGUUCAAGGAGCAGCAGCUCCAGAUUUUCAACCUGAUGAAGUUUGAUAGCUACACUCGCUUUCUGAAAUCCCAGCUGUACCAAGAGUGCAUCCUGGCCGAGGUGGAAGGCCGUGUCCUCCCAGACUCACAGCAGGUCCCCAGCAGCCCCGCCUCCAAGCAUAGCAUCAGCUCUGACCACUCCAGCGUGUCUACGCCGAAAAAGUUAAGUGGAAAAUCAGAAUCGGGAAGACCCCUGAAUGAGGAUGUGGGGGACGAGGACAGUGAGAAGAAACGGAAAGGAGCCUUUUUCUCUUGGUCAAGGAACAGGAGCACUGGGCGGUCCCAGAAGAGGAAAGAGCAGGGGGACCAUGCCAAUGAUGCCCUUCAUGCCAACGGAGGCCUGUGCCGCCGCGAGUCCCAGGGCUCUGUGUCCUCGUCAGGGAGCCUGGACCUGCCGGAGACCAGCAGGACCUCUGCCCCCGAGAGAGACAAGGCUGCCAAGCACUGCCGUGUCCACCUCCCAGAUGGGACAUCCUGUGCCCUGGCCGUCAAGGCAGGCUUCUCCAUCAAAGAGGUCCUGGCCGGACUCUGUGAGCGACAUGGCAUCAACGGGGCUGCUGUGGACCUCUUCCUGGUGGGCGGGGACAAGCCGCUGGUGCUGCAUCAGGACAGCAGCAUCCUGGCCUCGAGGGACCUGCGCCUGGAGAAGCGCACUCUGUUUCGGCUGGAUCUCGUUCCAAUUAACCGGUCGGUGGGACUCAAGGCCAAGCCCACCAAGCCCGUCACGGAAGUGUUGCGGCCAGUGGUGGCCAAGUACGGCCUGGACCUCGGCAGCCUGCUGGUGAGGCUGAGUGGAGAGAAGGAGCCCCUGGACCUUGGUGCCCCAAUAUCAAGUCUGGAUGGACAGAGAGUUGUCCUGGAGGAAAAGGACCCUUUGCGAGGAAAAGCGUCCGCAGAUAAGCAGAAAGGCGUGCCUAGCCGAGUGAGCACGGCCGUGAACUCCAGUCCCAGGAACCACGCGGCUACGGGAGAGGAAAGAACACUAGGCAAGUCUAAUUCUAUUAAAAUAAAAGGAGAAAAUGGAAAAAAUGCUAGGGAUCCCCGGCUUUCAAAGAGAGAAGAAUCUAUUGCAAAGAUUGGGAAAAAAAAAUAUCAGAAAAUUAAUUUGGACGAAGCAGAGGAGUUUUUUGAGCUCAUUUCCAAGGCUCAGAGCAACCGAGCAGAUGACCAGCGUGGGCUGCUGAGGAAGGAAGACCUGGUGUUGCCCGAGUUCCUUCGCUUACCUCCUGGUUCAGCAGAGCUUGCCCUCUCCACCCCAGCCCCUGCCAGAGGCUUUAGCAAGAGACCUGUGGCGGGCCGUGGCCAGGAGCCAGCAGCCCAGCCUCGUGAGAGCUGGGAGCCAGCACAAGACUCCAGCGACAGCCCCACCACCAGCCCUGGCUCCGCCCACAGCCCCAGCUCUGCCCACAGCCCCAGCUCCACCCAUAGCCCCAGCUCCACCCACAGCCCCCCUGGGGGCUGUGGGACCACCCCACCUGGGCAGAAUCCUCCUGGAGGGCCCCUCUGUGCCCCCCAGGGUCAGGAGGGCACUGCACAGAUCUGGAAGAGGCAGUCAAGGGACGCGGAGGCUGGGGGCAUCCAGACUGUGGAGGAUGAGCAUGUGGCCGAUCUGACCCUAAUGGGGGAGGGGGACAUCAGCAGCCCCAACUGCACGCUGCUGCCACCAUCCCCCAGUCCCCAGGACACACCCGGACCUCCGAGACCAGGUACCUCCAGGUUCUGACCCUGCACCCGGUGCCGUCCUGCCUGCUCCCUCCCGUGUUCCACUCGAGCGUUCAAUAGGGAGACAGUGGUGGGACACAGCCUUAUGCCUCCUGAAAGGAGGAACUGGGCAGCAGCCAGGGUCCACUCCUGACAGGGUGGUCACCGAGGAGUACACAGUCCCCUGGUGUUGGGCUGCUCUGCAGAGGUGCCACGGGAACAGCAGCCACGUUCAGUGACACCCUGAGCUGGGCGGGGACUUCUGAGUGGGUGUUAUUUGUAAGGCCUACAGAGCCAGUGUUCUUAGUGUGUCAGUCUCAAGGUAAAGAAGAAGGCCUUGAGCCAGUGAGCCAAGGCCCUGUGGCAUGCAGGAGGACCAGGGCUCUGAAGGGCGCCUGGUGGGCAGGCCGGGUGCACCUACCACCGCCCUGAGCCAUUUGCAUGUGGGCACCCUGCUUCGAGGUGCUGGCUGCCCUCCAGCAGCCAGGCAUCCCUCAGGCGUGGCGUGGAGCUAGGUGUGUGGAGGUGAGCAGCUCGGCCUGCUGGUCAGAUGCUCACAGCUGCACAUACUAGGCUAGAAGCGAGGCCGCCGUCACCCGGAGCCAGCAGGGAGUGCGGGCUGGGCCUGCUGUGGUGACGUGUGCCCACACUAACGCCUCCAUCGUGGUCUGUCCUCUGGGUCCCACUGCCCAGGCCGGGACACCCAGGAUCAGGUGCUGUCGACCUCUACUGGGGCCGGGGGCAGCCUCCGCGGGUUCCACGUCCGCACAGCGGGACUUGGGAGGCCUGGGUGCUGGGGCUGGGCCACAGCACUCUGGGCGCCAGCCCUCCCUCUGCUCUGCUGCAGACGUCUCUCGGUCCACCCUGUGUCUGUUCCUCCAGGAGUAAUAAACUCUAGGUCUCUUCGCUGGA